AUGGCGCCUAUCCACAAACCCCUCGAUCGCUCCACCUCCUUCGAGGCCAUGCUAUCUGUCACCCCUGCCGUGGGGCCUGUCGUUCUUCUCAAUGUCAUUUCGCUUCCCCCCGGGGCCGAUAAGGCGUCAUUUCUGAAGACUUGGAGCCGUAGCGCUGAGGUCCUCAAGAAAGCGCCUGGUUACAUCUCCACUCAACUGCACAGCGCUAUUGGAGAUGGCAACUUUAUCGUCAACUACGCCGUUUGGGAGAACAAUGAAGACCUAAAGAACGGCUUGGCUUUGCCUGAAUUCAGGAAGGUCUGCGAGGACUUCCCGGAAGGUACUGAGUUCCGCGCAUCCGUCCUACAGAAAGCCUCCAUUCCUGGAGUUUGCGUUGGACUGUGA